AUGUCUCUAGAUUAUGAACUGUACAAAGAAGGUGGGAUUUUGAAUAAUAGGUAUCAAAAACUAGAUGAUAUCAGUGAAGGGUCUUACGGGUAUGUCUCGUUAGCCAAGGAUAUUAAAGAAAAAAAAUUGGUUGCUGUCAAAUAUAUCUUCAAAUUGGAAGAUGAUGAUGAUGAUGGCUCAGAUUACGAUUCACAAGAAUAUGACUGCCGUUCCAAUGAGAGAGACAAGAAAGAGGAUUGUAGAUCGACAGACUCCAGUUUAGAGAAAAGAGAUCAAAUGGUUAAAAGGAAAGAUGUUAUCAUGAAUAUUUCUCCAAAUGUCAAAUCCAAAUUAUCAAAUAAUAUCGGAUUAGAAGCCAUGUAUGAAGUAGAUAUUCAAACUAAGAUAGGUAAACAUAACAACAUUGUUCAACUGUUAGAUUUCUUUGAUUCUUAUAUCAUUAUGGAAUAUUGUACAGGUGGUGAUUUAUAUGAAGCUAUCAAAGAUGACAUUUUAUCGCACAAGACUAAAGAUAUUACUAAUAUCAUUUCUCAAAUCAUUGAUGCUAUCGAAUUCGUUCAUUCAAAAAAUAUUUUCCAUAGAGAUAUUAAGCCUGAAAAUAUCUUAAUUACUGGGAUCAAUUGGCAGAUCAAAUUGACAGAUUGGGGGUUGGCUACGACAAAUAUUACUUCUAUGGAUAGAUCAGUCGGAAGUGAAAGAUAUAUGUCACCAGAGUUAUUUGAAACAAAUUUGGAUUUACAAGAAAGAAAAGAACCUUAUGAGUGUGCUAAAGUAGACCUUUGGGCAAUGGGGAUUGUAUUUUUAAAUAUAGUAUUCGCUAAAAAUCCUUUCAAAGUAGCAAAUCAGACUGACAGAUCCUUUUGUUAUUUUGCAGCCAAUAGAGAGGCUUUAUUUGAUGUAUUUUCUACAAUGAGUUAUGAUUUCUUCCAAGUUUUACGUUAUAGUUUGACUAUCGAUCCAUCAAAUAGAAAUUUAAGCAAAAUGAAAUUAGAGUUACAAAACUUAUCUGCUUAUACUUUAGAUGAUGAGUUUUACAAUGAAGAACCAAAUUCAAGAUCAAUCUCUCCAACAUCAUCAACAAUGGUUACUACCGAUGAUAAUGAUACCGAUGAUUAUUUGAAUGUCAUGCAAAAGAUGGAGCCAAUGCCUAGUUCUUCAGCUCCACAACCAUCUUCAAUAUUACAAAGGAAUAAAUUGCUAAAUAAUCAAACUUCGAAGUUAAACUCCAAAUUAAAUAAUCCAAUCUCUUUACCAACGCCUACUUCAUCUAAUACUCAUUCAAAUGAACAAGGUAAUACAACUACUGAUAAUACAACCACUAAUGCAAAUCAAACUACUUCAAAUAACCAUCAUAUCAAUGAAAGAGCUAAAUCUUUACCAAAAUAUAAAGUUCCAAAGCAUAAUCAUGUUCCAACUCCAAAUUCCACUACUCAUUAUACAGCAACAAACUAUCAUACUAAUCUAAAUUCUUACAAUAAAUAUCCAAACAAAUAUUAUAAUAAACAUAAUAAAAAUCGUCAUAAAAACUUUAAACAUUCACAUAAUAACCAAGAAAAUAAUUAUAAAAAUUAUGGAAAUUCGACUACUAAAGGUAUUUCAAUAAAUUAUAAUAAUUAUUAUAAUCAUAAUCAUAAUAACUAUAAUAAUAAUAAUAAUCAUAAUAAUAAUAAUAAUAAUAAUAAUAAUAAUAAUAAUAAUAAUAAUAAUAAUAACUAUUAUAAUAACAAUAAUAAUUAUUAUGAUAAUGGUAAACCAAAAAUUAUUAAAAAUUCAAGAAAACCAUUAGGUAUUCCAACACCAAAUACUCAUAUCAAUAAUUAUUUCCAUGAAUAUAAUAAUAAUAAAUCGAAAAAUGAGGAUUUCAAUUUUAAUACAAGAGAUUUUUUCACUCCUCCAAGUGUUUAUAAUAAAUAUAUGGAAGGUAUAUUUAAGACAAAACAACCACACCAAACUAAUAAGCACUUACAACCAAAUGAUUAUUAUCAAAAUACACAUAGUAAGAGUUGGAAUAACAAGCAAUCUGCUUUUUCAUCUUUACAUAAUAGAAGGCCAAGUGUUCCCUUGAGUAAUAAUGCUUUCAACAAUAAUUCGAAUAAUAUUAACGCAAGUACUAGUUAUAAUUCCAAUAGUAGUAAGCAUUUAUCUCCAAAUUAUUUAAAUAAUCCUUCCUCAGUACCUCAACGUAAUUCAAAAAAAUAUGUCCCUCCAAAUUUAAGAGCACAUAGUCCUUUAUCAACAAAUAAUUAUCCAAGUAUGUCAGAAGUUUUAGCUACUGGUACUUAUAAUUCUCAUCAACAUAAUAAUAACCGUGAUAGCUCAUAUCAUAAUAAUAAUAAUAAUAAUACGAAUAAUACGAGUAAUACGAAUAAUACGAAUAAUACGAAUAAUAAUAAUAAUAAUUCCUAUAAUGAUAACUUGAAUUCUAUUUCUCCAAACGAUCAUGACAUUUUAACUCGUAAUUCCCAAAAUUCAAAUUCAAAUUCUCGUAAAUCAACUAAUUCAAAUAAAUCGUCAAAUAGUGAUAAUAUUAGUGGUAAUUCAAUUAAUGUAAUGGAUCAACCUGAAAUGGAUGAAGAAUUAUUUACACUGGAAGAGAACGAUUUUGAUUAUAUUCAUGGCAUGAACAAUUUAUCAUUAAAUCAAUCUACUCAUCAUCCCAUUUCUCCAGUCACAGCAUCUGCUUCAAUAGUGUCUAAUACCAAUACAAAUGAUAAUAGUAAUAAUAAUAAUACAGCUACCGCAAAUUCUAAAAAAGGUCCCCUACCAACUUUACAUAUUGCUGAGUUGUCUAAUGAAGGACAAUUGCCAGAUCUUUUAAAAUCACCAGCUACUUCACAUGCGCCAUUAGCAAGUACAUCAUUAUUUAACGAAGCAUUUGUUGAAGAACCUAGUAAUUCUAAUUCGGCACAAUUAAAUAUUUUACAAAAUAAUAACGCAACUAAUAAUCCAUCAGCCUUUGAUCGUAGAAGAAAUUCUGAUUAUAAAUUUAGACCUGGUGUAUAUGUUCCACCGCAUCAUAGAAGGCCUUCUACUGGAGAUACUACUCUAUCAAUUACUAAUGACACUUUAAAUUACGGGAAUUACCCAAAUUAUAACAGUUAUUAUAGCCCAAGUUAUAAUAGUAGCAAUGGUAAUCCUUCUUCAUUUAAAUCAAGACGAUCAAGUUUUAAUAUACCACCAAGAUCAAGUUUCAAUAAUGGGAAUAGCAGUUUCCACAAGAUUUCUAAUAACUCGAGUAGUAAUUAUCAAAAUGACUCAGAAAAUACAAACUAUUCUAAUAAUAAUGUUCAAUCUUUUGUAAAUAAAAACUCUCCCAAGUUUAACAAUUACUCAAGUUCUACUACUGCUAUUGACGCAGAUAACGUAUUCGCUGAAACAAACCAUGAUGCUAUUUUAUUUGAAGAUGAUGAAGACCAUCGUGAAACUCGAAUGAACAAUCAUUCUCAUGGGGCAUUCAACCAAAAUUCGUCCUAUAAUAAUUCAUCAAACAGAUAUUAA